UCUUUCUUUCUUUUUUAAGUUUGAGUACUUUUUUUUUUCAAGCUAAACCGUUUUAUGGACUCAUUUUUACCCGCUCGCAAGGACAAAAAGCCUACUUUCUAGUGAAGUAAUUUACUGCACCGUUUGAUGCGUGGGUGUUUAUUCAUUCGUACUUGCUCCGCAAUUUUUGGCUACAACUACCUGAUAAAGACUAGUUUGUAUACAGAGUGCUUCUUAUCCUUAGCUGCUGUGCAGAAAUGUGGCGCGGACUUUCACUGCUGAUUUUCUGCUGUGCUGUAAGAAGCCUGGCGGUGGACGGAAGCAUUCGGGAGAAGAUGCUGCUAGCUGAAACCGACGAGCUGAGGCCGAUUAAAGAUGCCAACUCCACAAGCAAAGCAGAGGGUAGUCACCAGUUCCCGGAGAAAGCCACUCAGGGGAGAGUUCCACAGUUCCAACCCACUGUCGAGCCUCUGGAGGACGAGCUGGAAAACCAAGAGAAUAUAAUAAGCCAGUUGCUGGGAGAUUAUGACAAAGUAAAAACAGUGUCUUCAGGGUCCGACUGUGUGUGUCGCUGUGUUGUUCGACCAAUCAAGCGAUCCGACUGCAGCCAUGUCCAUGAAAGUGACCUAAAAUCACCAUCUCAGGAUUUUUACACUGUAGAGACAAUUACCAAAGGAACAGACUGCAAGAAGUGUGUGUGCAUGGCUCCACCUUCCGCUGUCAAUCCCUGCGAGGGAGAGUACAGGUUUAAAAAACUACAGGAAGCGAGCAAAGAUGACAUCAAGCUGGCAACUAUCAUUGACUUGUUGGAAGUCUCUCUGUAUGGAAUGGACUUGUUAAAGCUCCAUUCUGUUACCACCAAGCUACUGACCAGGGUGGACAACAUAGAGAAGGCAUUCACACAAAAUUUGACUGAAAGAAUGAGAGAGAAAGAACGUGUAAAGGAAAGAGCGAGGGAAAAGGAUAAAGAAAAAAAGAUCCAGCUGAAAAAAAAGAAACUGAAUGAUGAGCGCUCAAGAGUUAAAAGUGGAGCAGCUCCCUACGCCCACAAGCAGAAGAAUUAUGACAGCCAGCUGAAGACAAACCACCAGCAAGAUGGUGUGGAGGAACAGAACCCAAUCAGGAAUCAGACAGAAACACGAAAGCCGAUCAAAGAGAAGACAGAGCCAAAGCAGCAAAUGAAAGACAAAAACACUGUUGUCAUCAGGGGUGUGACCUUUUACAAGGCAGAGGAAGAGAGCUACAAGGAGGAUAAGAAAGGCAAAGCACAGAACACUUCUGUAACCACAAAAUCAUCAGUGGAUUUGCAGGUGUCUGAGCAGCUGCCACCUAACAGGCCUUCAAAAACUACCAUAAAGCCAGACCCCAAAGACAUACCUUUGACCAGUUCUUCACCAUCCCAUCCACCAACAGCUCCCCCAUCUACCAGCCAACAAACCAUAACUGCAACCCAACCAGUUCGCUCCUCCACAACAACUCCAAAGCCAACGGCAACUACCCAAAAAUCCUUAACUACCAGAACUGCUAUUCACCCCACUGCGCCUGUCAGCCAGUAUACCACUUCACCCUCAGACACCAAUAUCACUCCACCUAUUGGUGCAGCUCCCACCUCAGCGCCUCAUUCAAGAACCAAAAGCCGCCUCAGCUGGACAGAGAGCCCCGCUGACCAACCAAUGGUUACCAAAAAGCCAGGAGUGUGUAAGGACACAGUAGCCAGCAUCUCUGAACCGGUCCAGAAAAAUACUUAUGGCCUUAGUGAUGGAGCCUGGAUGAGAGAUGCUCGUGGUCAUGGGAACGUCAUCUACCUCACUAGUGGUCACUAUGGCAACAACCUACUGGAGUUCCGAGACAUGGACACCUUCAAAUUAGGUCAGACAAGUAAUUCAUACAAGCUACCUUACAGUUUCACUGGAACAGGCCAUGUUGUGUUUAAUGGAGCUUUCUACUAUAAUCGAGCCUUCAGCAGGGACGUUAUCAGAUAUGACCUGAGGCACAGAUAUGUGGCUGCGUGGACCACACUGCACGAUGCUUUACUGGAGGAGCAAAUUCACAAGACACAGACUGAAGUUGAGUUUGCGGUAGAUGAGUCCGGCCUGUGGCUGCUUUACCCUGCUUUGGACACAGAGGGCUUCCACCAGGAAGUUAUCCUGCUAAUCCACCUCCACCCUCGAGACCUUCAGCCAAUACAGACCUUUCGCACAGGUCUCAGAAGAGGUCGUUACGGUAACAGCUUCUUGGUAUGUGGUGUGCUUUAUGCAGUGGAUAGUAUGGAGCGUCGCUAUGCAAACGUGACCUACGCAUUUGACACUCACACGCUUACGCACACAGUGCCAAGCCUGGCGUUCACAAACAUGCAUGCACAUAACUCCCAGCUGGCUUAUUGUCCACUGGACAAGAAACUGUACUCAUGGGAUAAUGGUCAUCAGAUGAUGUAUGAUGUCAUUUUUGCUUAUUUAGAAUAAUGGGCAGAUGGUUAGAUGAAAAUUUGGCAAUUUAGUUUGUCCAGUGAGUCAAAACAAAGCCAAGGAUGGAAGAAAUACGAAAAACUGAACAGAUAUUUCGUCUGUGUUUUGUUUCGAAAAGACUGUGGAUAAAUUAAACACUGUGUGGUCACUGGGUUGCUGCUCUGAUGUGCACGCACUUAAGUCAGUAACUGUCGGACACAGCACUUGCAGACAAGAAAAGUAGAAUUGUAUUGUAUCUUGGGUGACAUGAAGAAGAAGAUACUUUUUCCUGGCAGCAGUGUUUCAAACAAUCCAUACUAGUUCAAUUGUUUUCUUAUUUCACUGUCAUGAACUGUAACAUUUAACAUACUAAUUAGGGCUUGUAGAUUCUGAGAUGUAGCUCUUUGGUUGCAAUUUCUCUGAGCACUGUAUGAUCUGACCUUAGGGGGAAUUGCUGGGAUGUUAACUCCUGGGACAAUUGGCAAAUGUCUUGAAUAUUUUCCACAUCAAUAAUCUUUCUCACCGUAGAGUGACUUCAUUUUGUUUGGAAAUGGUCUUAUAACCUUUUCCGGGCAAAAUGAUUUAUCAGAAGCAACAAUUGUUUUGGUUAUAGUGGAUGUGGAAACAGUAAGGGACUGUAAGUUGGGCAGAGGUUUAUAUUUACUCAUAAUGACCAUGAAUGUUAUGGUAAUUUGGGGCUUUUCAA